GAGAUCUCCCAGGCCAGCGCGGUGGUGAUGUCUUACAGCCUCGACUUCAUCAAGCUCGCGCUCCACAGGUGCUUGGGCCUUUUCAUGCUCAUCGACAUGGUCAGGCGGUCGCAGGCGAUCGGCCACGCGAUCUUUUUCCUUUGCCUCCAGUUGAUGCAGGACAUGAGGCUCGAGGAUGUUCUCGACCAGGAGGGGCGCCAGGUUUUAAUCGAGGGGGCCGACCGCAUGCUGAAGACCCCACAGGAGUGGGGGAAAGUGAUCGAGACCUCUCCUCAUGUCACCCCCUACUUCGAUGAGGUCUUACGAGCUGAUCAGAUUGCAUACGAAGGUUUUGUGAAAGACUUGUAUCACGCGGGUAUCGUUGAGUUUUCGUUUGAGGUCGAGGAUCACAUCACUCCAUUCUUUGUCGACAAGAAAGGUGUUGCUCUGCGCGUGGCUCCGCAAGGCCAAGUUUUGCACGGUGCUCUGUCGGAUGUCAGCAACUUUUUCUACUGGCUCGUGCUGCCGCACGGGCUCCGAAAGUACUUUGGCCUGCCAACUGUUAGUGUUCCCGUGGUCCCCCCCUAUUGCGACAACCUGAUUGUCAUGGGCACAGACAAGGACUCUGUCAGUAAUGUUAAGAUGUUGGCAGUCGAUCAGCUCAGACGUGCGGGCUUCCAGGUUCAUGAAGAGGUGGAGGUAACAACCUUUUUCGAGUCCCUGGGCUACCUUGUUGAUGGAAAACGCGGGGGGGGGGUCUUUCCGAUCCCGCAUCGGCUUGAGAAGGCCGUGGCAGCGUUCACUCAUCUCAGGAGAAGACCUCGCGUCACAGGCUGGCAAAUUAGUAAGGCUCUCGGUUACGUCGCGCCGAUAUUCCUCCUCACCCGCUCCAUGUUCUCGCUGUCUAAUGCCCUGCAUCAGUUCACGCACGAGAACUGGAGCCGCAAGAGGCGUCUCUGGCAUUCCGCCGCGCUGGAGUGUAAGUGGAUAUCUGUGCUGCUGCCGCUCGCUUGGGCGGACCUCAGGAUGCCGUGGAUUCCGCAGGUGAAAGCUACAGAUGCUUCGCUGUCCGGGUACGCCGUGGGCAAGUCUCUCUGGAAUGUCUCGGAUGUGAUGGAGGACCUCGAGACGGUGAAGCCCAUCGUCGACCGCUUCGAGCCCUCCCCUUACGAGCCCACCUUCCUAUUCAAAGAGAUCCCCGAGGUCCUCCUGCAGGACUCCAUGUGGAAGACUAGCUAUGCGGCGCCCUUUGUGUUCAAGGAGGGCAUCGGGGAUCUGGAGUCUCGGGCCGCGGUCUCUGGCGUAAAACGCACCCUGAGGCGCGAGCUGGUCGGCUCCAUCGGGAUCAAGGCGUCGAACUCGUCGGAGUCGCACGUCGAGACGUUCCUGGAGGCGAACGCCGUCACCGAGCGGACCCACGCCAUGCAUGUGAAGAGGGUCGCCGACUUCGAGAGCUGGGCGGAUGCCGGGGGGCUCAGGCUCACCUCUGCCAAGCUGGUGGACUGCGCGCUGGUCCACUACCUGAACCAGAUGUGGAUCGUGGGCGCGGACAUCGGCGAGGCAACGGGCACCUACGCGGCCUGGGUCAAGCUCCGCCCGUCCUUCUCCAAGAGGGGCCCCGACAAACUGGUGCGGACCAUGAAGGCGCUGCAGGGGUUCAACAGGCUCGACCCAGGCAGGACCAGGCCGCCGCUGCCACUGGCGCUCGCGGCGCUGAUCGCGGUGGAGCUCGUCGGCAUGAACCUCGUCAGCAUGGCACUGGCGGUGAUGCUCCUGUUCUCGGCCUACCUGAGGCCGAUCGAGCUCCUCUCGCUUCAGGUGACGGACGUGCUCGCGCCGACCAAGGGCAGCCCGUGCUACGCGAUUCACUUGCGUCGCGCGGAGCGGGGCCAGCCCAGCAAAGUUGGCCUGUACGACGAGACGCUGCUGUUGGACUCGUCGGCUCCCCCGUUCCUCGGAUACCUUCUGGACGCGCACCGGGGCGCGGCUGCAGGGCCAGCACUGUUCGACUUCGAAAACCGGAGCUUCAACGAGAGUUUCAAGACUGCUGCCAGGACCGCAGGACUGGCCGCCCUCAAGCCCGACCUAUACCAGUUGCGUCACGGCGGGCCCUCGCACGACAUCCUGAACCGUCUCCGCUCGAAGGCAGAGGUAAAGGACAGAGGUCGCUGGAGGGGCGAUCGGUCGGUCCGACGCUACGAGGCGCACGGCAGGCUCCAGCUCCAAGAGAAGCUGGUCUCCGAGGCGACACAGAGCCGCGCCGCCACGCGUCUGGUCAACCUCGAGGCCCAGCUCCGACCUGGGCCCGGGCCCGAAAAAGCGAUGGUCGGGGGCCAGGACCUCUUCGGGGCGAUCGUGAACACCUCCGGGGACCACAUGAAGCAGGCGGGCGCUGUGGAUCACUGCAGCGCGAUCACAGAUGACGCCACGGCUUACGGCAGACGCUGGGGUACGGACGAGCCGGACGAGGAGAGGGAGCCGAGGGGCGACGGCACGGAGGAGGACAGCUGCGAGGUCGUGCGUGCCCACUGGAUGCCGUACACGAAGGCCCUCAAAGAGAGGCGCCUCUCCGAGGGAGACAAGGAUGUGCUGCGCGCGGCACGCCUGCGACUCGACAUGAGCACGCACGCGCAGUGGGGCAAGGGCACCGCGAUGUGUGGCCCGCGCAGGUGGUGGCACCCGGACUCGCAGUUCAAGCGGGCCGCCCCGCGGCCUGCCCCGCAGGCGGCGCAGCACCCGCCGCAGGCCGCGCGGGCCGACGCGCCGGCGCCGCAGGCUGCCGAGCUGGCGGCGCAGCACGCGCCGCAGGCCGCCGCGCAGGCCGCAGGGCAGGCCGCCGUGCAGGCAGAGCCCCGCGUCAGGCGGUGGUGCAGAGACAACUUGCAGGCGAGCGCGCAGGCGGGCUCGGACGCGGACGCGGGCCCGGGCCAGGGGGAGCCGGCGCAGCCCCGCGCCCCGCGGGCGUGCCGCGCCACGGCCAGUGCGGGAAGCGGCCCAGGCGCUCGCCACGAGGGCGAGAGCGAGGAGGCGGUGGGCAUCAUCGCCAUGCGCGACCGCGACCGCGAGUCCCAUCCAGGGGCCCGCCUGUACAAAGACGUCUGCAUGGUAACGUGGCUGGACGGCAGCAUGGGCUUCCCCUCAUGCAGCCGCCAGCACGACGAGGACCCCCUGGUCACGGCGAGGCGUGCUUGGAACACGAAGGUCGGGAUACCGCUGAAAUUCAUGGAGAAGAUGAACGAGGAUGCCGCCGUCAACAAUUCUGGCAACCUCACCAAGUUGCUCACUUACUACAUAGUUGACGACGCCCCUUCCAAGGAGUCCGAGGGCCGCGCGCCUUGGCGCAGCGACUGCCGCGACGUCAGGGAGGUCUGCUGGCUGCCCAUCCACGACGCGCUGGCGCUGGAGCCGCCGAUGGUGAGCCUGGUCGACAGGGAGCUCCUCUUCCAGGCAGCGCAGAAGUGCGAUCACCCGCGGGUCGGACCCGAGACGCAGGGCCACGGCGCGGACGCCCGUCGAAGCAAGG